AUGUCCGCGACAAUCUUUCUUUUUCUGUGCCUGCCAGCGGCUCUGGUGGCCCAAACGACUUGUUAGUUCUUCCAUUUUGAUUAAUUAAGUGGCAGAAAAGAAAUAGGAAAAAGCGCCAAAAUUCAGAUCAAUGUCCAGACAGCACUUGGAAGUUAUUUUUGCGAACUGGGGACCGAGCAUGGUGCAUUAAAGUGAGUUCAUAGCAACAAAAUGAAAGAUCUUGUGAUGGUGAGGCGGAAAUGUGCUGAAUUUUCCACGAUUUGAGUAAGUUUCUCUGCUUGAAACUUUUUUGGAAGCUCCACUUAUCAUCGGAACAAUUUCAGUACAAUGAUGGGCGGCUCAUCAGAGACGAUGCCGAAAAGGCUUGUCGAAUACAAGGAGGAACUUUGACCGGAUUUGAGAACGAGGAAGAGUUUGCCUACAUUCGAGGUAAGAUUAUGUCAGACGUACCAUACUUUCAGAAAACUGUUGUACUUUCUUCCGUUGAUGAGCUGUGACUUUCUUAGAACUUCAACUUCUUAAAUCUUCGAAAAGGAUAAACUUGCACGGCGAAAAAUCUGAAACAGCUUAUUUGGAUUGAUUUUUUUUUCCUCAAACGUCAAACUUUAGACACGGCAUUUGAAGCGUUCAAAAAGUUCAACCUGCCAGAUGGAGGAGCCUACUGGCUUGACGGCAUCCGAAGUCCCAACUGCCACGGACCCAACAACAACGGCUGCACCCGUUUGAAUGUAAUUAUUUAAGCUUCCUUUUCUAACAUGAAAUUGAGAAAAUUCAGGCUUUCCAAUGGUCCAACAACCUCACCCAAGGAACAUUCGCGUUCACAAAAUGGUAUGCGACCGAACCGAAUAAUAGUCCUGCUUAGUAAGUUCAUCUCCAGCCCAGCUAUUUUAACCUUGAUUUUUCGUGGCGGAGAAGAAAACUGCGUUCAAGGCUCCUUUCAUUACGUACUCCCAGACAUUCGCGGACACAUUUUCGACUUUCCGUGAGCUUCACAAUCGAUUCUAACUUUAAGCCCUGGACUUCCAGAUGCUCUGAAAAAGACGUCAAAGUAGGUCUGAGCUCCCAUUCCGCCAUACAUGGAUACGUCUGUGGGACGUCAGCAAAGAAGAUCGGUAGCAAAAAUGAAGAGGAAGAUUGUGAGUGAAUCACUUAACAGUUGAAUCUAGAAGUCAACUAUUCAGGCUCCCCGGAAGAUAAGGAAGAAGAAGAUUGUAAGUUUUCCUUUAAAAAAUUGAAGACUUUUCAAAAUCAAUUAUUAAGGUCCAGCGGAAGACACGGAAAAAGGAGAUUGUAAGUUCUCCUUCAAAUAAUUGAUUUCACUGAUUUUUUUUUUAAAUCAACCAUUCAGGUCCAUCGGAAGAAAGUGAAGGAACUCGUCCUUCGACAGCUUCCGCCCAAAAACUAGCAAACCAAUAA